AUGAGUUAUUCUGAAAACGACGGUCGCAUGGAGUUUACUAUCAGAGACAUUGAUGGCAAAACGUUUAACGUGAUGCACAAUGCGAACCUGAAUACAUCACAUUGUUCCUGUAAGCACUUCGAGAUGUAUGGAUGGUUGUGUAGGCAUGCUUUCGUUGUUAUGAAGGAUAUGAAAGUAGACGUUAUUCCGCCCGCACACAUCAUGUCAAGGUGGACAAAGCUGGCCAUUAGCACUCCUAUGUUCCGUAUACUUUACAGCAUUUCUGAAGAGUGCGCACAAAUAGACGAAAGGAAGUCAAUGGUUAAUCAAUUGUGGUCUGACCUACAUAUAUGCAUGGGGUUCGCUGAGAAGCACGUUGACCAUCUUGUUGAGUUUUCAAAGAUAAUUGAGGCACAUAAGCGGAAACUCGUGGAAUAUCAGGAGAGUGACUCAUCAGGCAAUGACAGGGGGCACAUUUUUGAAUCGUUUGUUGGCAUGUCCGCGCCAUCAGAGGUAAGCAUCCACUCGCCUACACAAUCGAAAAACAAAGGUAGUGGGAGAAGGAUGAAAACCAACAAGGAGAAGUCGAUCGAGACAAGCAAUAAAAAACGAAGGAUUUGCAAGUUAUGUGGCGGGAGGGCAGGACACAAUGCACGAACAUGCCCUAAGAAGCCGUAA